UAUCGUAGUGACACUGGAUCAUAUUUAUACUCCUUAUAUUGUUAUAGUGUUAAUGUGGGUUUUAUUCGGUUGAUCCAGACAUAAAUCUAUAAAUAUAUUUUUAAAUCUCCUCUAUCUGUAUCUGUAUUAUAAUUGGUAAUAGUUGUAGUCUAAAGACUGUUUCAAAGUGUGAUUUUAAAUGAUAGACGCCAGUUUGUGAGAAGAAAUGAAUUUCGGGUUUUAUAAACGUAUCAAUAAGGAAUGGUCUGAAAUGAUGGUGAACCCUUACCCAGGUAUUUCAUACGGACCCUUCGCUGAUGGCUGGUUAAAUAUGCAAGGUACUAUCGAGGGUCAGCCAGGUACAGUGUAUGAAGGGGGAGUUUUUAGUCUGGAAAUUAAACUAUCAGAUCAAUAUCCAUUCAAAGCUCCGAAAAUAAAAUUUCUAACUAAGAUAUACCAUCCUAAUAUUAGUCGUGAUGGUGUUAUAUCAAUCGAUGUUUUAAGUAGCCACUGGGCACCUUCUCUUACUAUAAAGAAAGUAUUGAUGUGUAUAUUGUUUAUGUUACCGGUACCCAAUCCUGACGAUCCACUCGAACCAGAAAUAGCCAGAAUUUAUCAAACCAAUCCCGAGUUAUAUCAGAAGAUAGCCAGAGAAUGGACUAAACUUUAUGCAUCCUGAAAACUGAAUGAAACCAGUAUCGGGAGAAGCUUGUAGAUUAAUACGAGCACAAUAUCAGUUAAAUAAACUAAACAUUCAGGCUAUGUGAGAGAAAAAAAUCGGUAUAAAAAGUUAUUACUGUGAUGAAAUAAGAAGUGGAAUAUCUUGAAAUAACAAAGUUUAACUGUGUAAAGUUGAAAAAUACUUUGUUUUAUAGUUAUUGAUGUUAACUUUUUAUUCAAACGUUAUUUGAUUAUGACUGUUUUCUAUUUUAGAGAAACUAAUAAUUAACAAUUUAAAUUAUUUCACUGUUUGUGCCACAAUACUGAGGAAUAAAAUAAUAUGAAGAAUAUGUUCUGGGCAUAGAAUAAUUCUAUUUGGGUGUAGAUAUUCAACCAUCAAGAAUGAUAAAUAAAAACAAUAUAU